AACCGCACACCCGUAUUUGUAGGUCCUGCUCCUCUGCAUCGCCUGAUUUGUCCUUUCUCUCCAGGGAAACUACGGGCGUGAGGGUGAGCUUUCGGAAGUGAAACAAAAAGGCUCUCUGCAUUAUUGCUUUGCUAUAGGCAGUUGUUGGUAACCUUAUUCUUCAGUCUUCAAUGGCGGCGGCGAGAACAAGAGUAUCAUCAAUCUUGGCAAUAACAGUAAUUGCUGCCUCUCUCUGUUGGCCAUCUACCACUGCUGCUGCUACUGCUGAUACUCAGGCUGCUUUUGUGAAGAAAACCAUCACGUCCCACAAAAUCGUCAUCUUCUCCAAGUCUUAUUGCCCAUAUUGUAGGAGGGCUAAAGCUGUUUUUGAAGAAUUGAAUGAGGUACCACACGUUGUUGAGCUAGAUCAGCGAGAUGAUGGGCCGACCAUUCAAGAUGCCCUGAGUAAAAUGUUUGGGAGGCGUACAGUUCCUCAGGUUUUCAUAGAUGGAAAGCACAUUGGUGGUUCUGAUGAUACAGUUGAAGCUUAUAAAAGUGGAGAACUGGCGAAGUUUCUGGGCAUUGCUGCUGGUAAGGAUGAUCUUUGAUCCAGUACUAUUCUUAGUAUCAGUUGUCAGAAUAAUGUACCAAAGCAUUUGUUAUGAUGCGACUCUUACUCCAGUUGGACAAUAGGAGACAAUUGAAAACCAUAUUUACUUGUUCCAGGAUCCUUCAUCUUUGUCUUGAAUCAUUGUGUUUGGACAUUACUCCGGUGAUCUUUAAUCGUUUCAAAAUGGCAGCAAUAUACGCCUUUUGUGAUUUUUUUCAA